ACCUCAACUUCAUGAUUUCAUCUGGAAACAUCAUGGUCCACACAGGGACGGGCUGCUGUCUGAUCUGAAUAUGAGGAUCUUUGCACCAUGUGGACGUGAAGAUGAAAAACACUGAAGAAAUUUCUUGCCCAUAAAAAUACCAUGGCCUCACACAUCAGAAGGACACCAUCCUUCUUCAGAUAUUGGACAUGUAAAACUGGAUUCCAGCUGGUCCGGUGCAGCAGCAGCUUGUUGCAAACCUUUGAGCAAGGCAGUGGUCAGACUGGGCUGAUCUUGCAGUCCCUGUCCACUGACAUCCACCAGAACCUGGCUCUGGAGGACUGGAUUGAUACCAACGUGAACCUGCAGCAGAUGAGCGUUCUGCUGCUGUGGAAGAACCAGCCAGCUGUAGUCAUUGGACGGCACCAGAACCCCUGGAUUGAGUGCAACCUACCAGCUAUGAGAAGGUCAGGGAUCCUCCUGGCACGCAGGCGGAGCGGUGGUGGGACAGUCUUCCAUGAUUUGGGAAACCUGAACAUGACAUUCUUCACCUCCAAGAAGGGCUACAACAGACACAGGAACUUGCGGGUCAUCACUGAUGCCCUGGGGCACCUCUACCCGGGACUGGAUGUCCACGCCACAGACAGAUGUGACAUUUUAUUGAAUGGACACUACAAGAUCUCAGGCAGUGCGUCUCGCCUGAGCAGAAACUCCUCCUACCAUCACUGCACUCUGCUGUACUCUGCCGAUUGCUCCACCCUCAAAGCAGUGCUCCGAUCUUCAACCCCUGGUAUCCAUAGUAACGCCACUCCCAGCAUCUCCUCACCUGUUGCCAACCUAAUAGACCACACCCCCUUGCUUCAGUGGGAGGAGCUGCUGAACGCGUUGGUGGCCCAGUACAAUACAGAGUUUGGUUUCAGUGCUCCUGUGACCUCGAUUGACCCCACCAAUGAGGUCGUGUUCCCUGGCGUCACUGCCACGGUCGCUGAGCUGCGUGGCUGGGAAUGGACUUUUGGUAAAACACCAAAAUUCAGUAUCCAGACUGUUCUGGACUUGACGGACUGUGAGCGGUCUGUGCGAAGCUCCGCCCACCUGCACAUGGAGGUGAAGAAUGGCCUGAUUGGCAGCUGCUUGCUGGAUGUUCCGACAGACUGGCUUCCUGAUUGGCUCAGCAGGGAGCUGAGCGGCGUUCUGGUUGGAGGACGCUUUUGUUCGCAGGAUGUGGCUGCUGCCAUCGCCGUGCUGCUGCGGACGCAGAGCGGCGUCCUGCGAACCCGACUGCACAUCCUGUGUGACGCCGUUGCUGCUGUGAUGUGACGAAAUAAACAAUUCAAAGCAGAGAAUGUGACUUAGUCACAUUUUGAAUGUUUGGGUUCAUCACGUUUGAUUCCUUAGAAUUAAAAGAUCAAGUGUCAGGUUUUUACUGCAGGUUACACAACCGUGACGACACCAUGAUUCAUGAUGCAUCGGGUUGGGUUGAGCUGCAGGUCCGACCCAGAACCAGUGUGCCCUCCCUGACUCGACCCCUGACCUCCCACUCCAUGACCAGAUGCACCCACAUGCACAUCACAGACUAACGCCCCUGCAGUGACCCGGGC